AUGCUUCAGAUGCCAUGCGGCGGCGUGCAGCCAAUGAUGCCGCAGCACAUGCCGCAAAUGCCGCCGAUGCCGCCGCAGAUUCCACCGUUGCAGCAGAUGCAGCAGAUUCAGCAGAUUCAGCAGAUGCCGCAGGUCAUGCAGGUACUCCAUCAAUGGCAGGCACCACAUGCAUUGCCUCAGCAGCUGCAGUUGGGAUUGGCGCAGCCCCAGCAGCCGCAGCCACAGCAGGUCCAGGGCGGCUGCUUGCCGCCGUGCGGGCAAUUUAGGAUGGCCACCCUUCCAGGUCCUACUCAAAGAUGGGUGGUGGGAUUCCGCUUCCGUUAUUGUUUGUCAAAUUACACGGGAUCAUGCAAGAAGAGUGGUUAUGAUAUGGCAUGUGGCUUCCGAGUGCAGCACGUCGUUGUCUUGCUCAACGUACGUCUUCUGUGA